AUGUCAGGCCAACCACGUCUGGAACGCGAUCGCGUUGCCCGCCACAUCAAGAUGCACGAGAACGCAACAAGAGACGGCAGUGGAGCGGUGGUGCUCUUCGAGACGCUCACUCAUUAUGAUGAUACGGAACUAAAAGCCCUGGAAGCGCAACAUCUGACGGUCCGGAUGCGACCCGAGCCCGCGCCAUAUGAACAUAAGAACGCGGAGGAUUUUUACGACCCGCCGAUCGUAGUAGAGAAAUGGAGAUGGAUUCCCCCUUGCCUGCACGAUUCUCUCGAUUGUCUGGGCCUGCAAGAGGGCAUUGAAGAA